AGAGAGAGAGAGAGAGAAAGAGUGAGGAGAGAGUAGAGAGUGAGUGCGUGAGUGAGUGAGUGAGGGAAAGAGAGCGGAGGCUCCGAGAGAGAGGGAAAGAGACUAAGUGACUUUUGUGUGUCGGUGGAGCAGUCGAGGAACACCAUGACCCGGAUCCCAGCCCUGCUGCUGCCCCUGCUGCUGCCCCUGCUGCUGCUGUCCUGUCCGGGGACGCUGGCGGCGCGCACGGCCGACUUCCAGCACCACCGCUACGAGGAGAUGGUGCGGGCGCUGUUCGCCGUGCAGAGCGAGUGUCCCUACGUCACGCGCAUCUACAGCAUCGGCCGCAGCGCGCAGGGACGCCACCUCUAUGUGCUGGAGAUCAGUGACAACCCGGGCAUCCAUGAAGCACUGGAGCCUGAGUUCAAGUACGUGGGCAACAUGCACGGAAACGAGGUUCUGGGGCGAGAGCUGCUCAUCCAGCUGGCUAAGUUCCUGUGUGAGGAGUACCGCGCCGGCAACGAGCGAGUCACGCGCCUCAUCCACGACACGCGCAUCCACAUCCUGCCUUCCAUGAACCCCGAUGGCUACGAGGUCGCCGCCCAGCAGGGUCCUGAGUUUAACGGCUACCUGGUGGGCCGAGGCAACUCCAGAGAAGUAGACCUGAACCGGAACUUUCCGGAUCUGAACGCCCUUUUGUACUACUACGAGAAGAGCAACGGACGGAACCACCACCUGCCACUUCCCGACAACUGGGAAGAACAGGUGGAGCCAGAGACUAUGUCGGUGAUCAAGUGGAUGCAGAACUACAACUUCAUUCUGUCGGCGAACCUCCACGGGGGCGCUGUGGUGGCCAACUACCCCUUCGACAAAUCCCGGGAGGCCCGUAUCAGGGGCAAGACCACAUACUCCGCCACCCCAGACGACAAGAUCUUCAAAAAGCUGGCAAGAACCUACUCCUAUGCCCACAGCUGGAUGCACAAAGGCUGGAACUGUGGGGACUACUUUGAUGAAGGGAUUACCAACGGGGCACGCUGGUACUCCCUCUCCAAAGGAAUGCAGGACUUUAACUACCUCUAUAGUAACUGCUUUGAGAUCACACUGGAGCUGAGCUGUGAUAAGUUCCCCCCGGCGUCCGCUCUGCACAGGGAGUGGAUCGGCAACAGGGAGGCCCUAAUCUCCUACCUGGAGCAGGUGCAUCAUGGGGUCAAAGGCAUGGUCUAUGAUGAGAACAACAACCCCAUCAGAGAUGCGGAGGUUGCCGUGGCGGGCAUAAACCAUGACAUGACUAGUGGUGCGGAUGGGGACUACUUCCGACUGCUGUUGCCGGGCACGUACACGUUGACGGUGUCCGCCCCCGGCCACCAGGCCUCCACCAAGCAAGUGACAGUGGGUCCAGCCGAGGCCAUAGUGUUGAACUUCUCUCUGAAAGCAGCACCCAAAGCGAUCAACCAGAAUCUGAAGAGCCAACACAGCAACAAAAAAGCUCCAUCUACAACCAAAGUGUCCCUAUCCAAUCCUGGCCCUCGAUGAGUUAGGGAAAAAAAGACAUGGACUUAAAAGACAUGGACUCUGUUUUUUCUCAUAAACUCACACUCUUUAUAUGCCCACAAUUUUGGGGGGUUGAUUAUUUUAUAUAUUUUAUUGUUUUAUUCCAAACCUCAGUUUAUUUGUGUAAGUAUGGCAGGUCUUUUUAUCAGUGUAUUUUGUUAAAUCUUUCGAUAUUUAUGUGUUACUCAUGAGUGUAUGUGCCAUGCAGUUUGGGUGGAAACAAAUAAGGAAGAAAGGGAAGAGAGAGAAAGAGGAAAUUCGAGCUAUGGUCAGGAAAACAAACUGUUCUUUUGUAAAUGUGCCACACAGACAGCCCUGUGUCUUAAAACUCAAACUAAAACUCUUUUUCUUUUAAUUAUUUGACAUCUUACUGUACUGAAGUGGAUUCAUUUAGCCUGGACUGACGAACAAAACAGGAAACAUUUUCCUCAAAGCUAUUUCACUUACAUUUUCCUUUAGAAUGUGUAAUUAAAAUGUAGCUGGGUGUAUUUCAGUUCAAUCUUAGCAAACUUUCCAGACCUUUCCUCAGUUUUAGUGGAACAUUGUGGUGAGUAGAGCUGGAGACAUCCAACCCAGGGGUCCUCGGCGGCCAUCACUCAGUUAAUCUGAGCAGUACUUGAAGUCUCAUCAAAGUUGAGCACUUAAUGUGAAUGUAAAAACCUUCAUCGCAUGCCUCAACCUUUUUGAGUUUUUUUUUUUUUUUAACCCCCAUACAUUCUCAAAUGGUGCUGUUCUUCUGUGCAUUAGCGAUCGAUCAACAAAAUGUUCCUAGUGAUGGCAUUUUCAACAUUUUGAAAUUGUUUUGUCUGUGUAAGUAAAGAAAAUAUAUAUUACAUACAGUUA